AUGUAUUACGAGAAAGACAAAUGGUUUGCAAAGAAAAGUGGACAAUGGGUCCAAAAUAAGAUUAAAUAUGUUAAAGGUGUCCGUCAUAUUCUGGAGGAGUAUGGUUUGUGGCUUGAGAAGGAUCUGUAUAAUCCUAUUAAGAAAUGGAGACUAGACUGUAAGAGUAAAGACACCUCUGAAGAUAGCAAGUACUGUGCACAUCAUUUUCUGGCUUCACAACCAGAUUUUAUGUCACAGAAAACUGCUCUUCAUGAGGCUGUCGAAGACUCUGGUCAUAUAUUUGAACUUUACCCUAAGUUUCAUUGCAAAUGCAAUUGGAUUGAGAGGUAUUGGAGUGCCGCAAAGCGUGAAGCUCGCCUCCAGUGUGACUAUACGUAUAAGUCCCUGGAUAAGAAUAUCCAUACUUUCCUGGAUCACACUGGUAAGCUUCCAAAUAUCCGCUGGUAUUACAACCGCUCGUGGCGCUACAUUGAGGCAUACAGCCAAGAGAUGAACGUGAAAGAAGCCAAUGAUGUUGUUGUCGGACAUUAA